AUGCCGCAACGUGAACGAGAGGAAAUGACCGACUCCGGUUACAGUACGGUGAUAGUAGGAGUUAAGCUUGACUCAGCUAGUAGAGAGUUGUUGACUUGGGCUUUAGUCAAAGUGGCUCAACCUGGAGAUACGGUUAUUGCUCUUCAUGUUCUUGGUAAUAAUGAAAUCGUGGAUCGUGAAGGAAAAUCUCCGCUUCUAUCGCUUUUUAAAGCUUUUGACUCUGUUCUUGCUGUUUAUGAAGGUUUCUGCAACUUGAAACAGGUGGAUCUCAAGCUCAAGAUAUGCAGAGGUUCGUCAAUUCGGAAAAUUAUAGUCAGGGAAGCAAAAUCUUAUUCAGCAACAAAGGUUAUAGUUGGAGCUGCUAGGAAUCGCUCUUCAAUUUGGUCAUCAACAUCUAUGGCCAAGUAUUGUGCUAAAAAGCUACCAAAGGAUUGUUCUGUUCUUGCUGUCAAUAAUGGGAAAGUUGUGUUUCAAAGGGAGCGCUCUCCAAACAAUAAUGUAGUAACCAGUUGUGCAGUUGUUGCAGGAACGAAAGAUCAUGAUCAGAAUGGUAUGCUUAGUGUUGUUCACAGGAAGAAUUCAUUUGAGAAGGCUUCUAGAGUAGUAAAUGAAGGUGGUGACAAUGUGGCCUCUAAGAAAGAUCAGGAUAAUGACAAUGAUCAGGAUAAUGACCGGACUUUGGAGCAGGUGUUAAUGAAAGCUCGUUCGAAUAGUUUGGAAGGUAUCAUGAAAGAGAAUUGCUCAGUCUGUGGAUCAGCUACAAAAUCUGCUGAUGCUUCCUGUAAUCGAUCUGCAGAAGCAUCUUGUGGUGACAGUGGCGGUGAUGAGAAGUCAUUAGCGCUAGUUCCGGUACCAAGGGUAGAGGAACCCACGAGUUCAGUUUCCACAUUAAUUAGAAAGGUGCCUGAAUUGAAACCUGGUUGGCCACUACUCCGUCGUGCAGUUUUACCAGAUCGAAAAGCAUCAGAUAGAUCUUUAGUGAGGCAGAUCUCUGUUGUUCAGUGGGCAAUGAGGUUGCCCAGCAGGCAACUCACAUUAUCCACUGUCAAUUCGGAUCACAAACAGGACGGUUCUGAUAAGGGUGAAGAGCAAUUGAAUUUGGAUGGAGAAAGUGGUGCGAUUGUUGCAGUUGGAAUGGAGACAGCGACAACUCUGCCUUCUUCUGACCACAAUUCAAGAAAUCCAGCAAAAGAAUUGGAGGGUCUCCAUGAGAAAUACUCAGCAACUUGCAGAUUGUUUCAGUACCAAGAACUUCUCUCAGCCACAUCCAACUUUUUGGCUGAAAAUUUGAUUGGGAAAGGGGGCAGCAGUCAGGUUUAUAAAGGUUGUCUUCCUGACGGCAAGGAACUUGCUGUGAAAAUCUUAAAGCCAUCUGAAGAUAUACUGAAGGAGUUUGUUCUGGAAAUUGAGAUUAUCACUACCUUGCAUCACAAGAACAUUAUUUCUCUCUUGGGGUUCUGUUUUGAGGACAAAAAUCUUCUCUUAGUUUACGAGUUCCUAUCAAGAGGAAGUCUUGAAGAGAACCUUCAUGUUCUGAAGCUUUUCUGGUAUUCUCAGCUCUCUGAUUUUGGACUUGCUAAAUGGGCACCAACCUCUUCAUCUCAUAAAAUCUGCACUGAUGUUGCUGGAACUUUUGGGUGCGCAAAACCAAUCCUAAAUGGUGGAAAGGUUUCCCAAUUGUUAGACCCAAGCUUGGGUGAUAGCUAUGAUCGUGAUCAGAUGGAAAGGAUGGUUUUAGCUGCCACUCUCUGUGUAAGACGUGCCCCACGAGCUAGGCCUCAAAUGAGCCUUGUUGCGAAGCUCCUCCUAGGUGAUGCGGAAGUGACCAAGUGGGCAAGACUACAAGUUAAUGCUGUAGAAGAAUCUGACGUGUUGGAUGAUGAAGCAUGUCCACUUUCUAAUCUGCAGUCCCAUCUUAACCUUGCAUUGCUAGAUGUUGAGGAUGAUUCGCUCUCCUUGAGCAGCAUUGAGCAGAGUAUAUCAUUGGAGGAUUACUUGCAAGGCAGGUGGAGCCGCUCAUCAAGCUUAGACUAA